UUGGCAUCACUCUGAAGAGCCACUUUGACAUCAUUACUUUUAAGAGUAUACCUCCAUAACUGGGAUAGAUUUUUGCUGGAUGGAUAGACAUUAGGUAUGCUGCAGGGUUCAUGUAAAGCCGAACCAUGCAACGUAAAGGUUUACUGUGGGAGGUUUUGGAAAAUUGUCUUUGCUGUCUUUAAUGUUUCUGGCUUAUGAGCAUAGGUUGGAAUGAAGGCUGGAGAUUUUGUUAUCAUAGUCAUAAACUGCUUUUCAUGAUUUUGUGGGCUGAAAGUCUGUAGUGAGUCUAGUGGUUCUGUAUGAGCAGGUGACUGUAGAAUUACUGGAGACAAAGGGCUAUAAUGUAACAAGUGAGAAUGUCUUUAAAUGUUUCCAUUCAUUUCAAACAUGUAUCCAUUUUCUUUAGCAAUUACAUGUCUGUGACUUUAACGUGUUACGCAUAUUCAUGCUCAUUAGUGUCCCUCCCGAAUUGCGCGGUGUGGACUAUCUGCGGAUUCAAUCUUAACCGGGUUAGGUAAAAAAAAAAAAAAAGUAGUCUACCGAAUGACGCUUACAGCGCGUGCGUCAAGUUAUGCAUAGGUUUAAAUUACAUGGUGGUUCGUUGGCACUUCAGGAUUUUCUUGCUAUUCCACAUUGCAAGAACCAGGGUUCAACUCCCGGGGCGAUGUCUUCUCCACCUAGUCUGCCUUUUCCAAAAUGUAGUGUGAGUUUCUUCGGAAAGACAUGCAAGGCUUGUUUACAUAUUUCCUGCUUCAACCAGUUUCAGGGAGUGAUGAAGCAGGAGCGAGUGACUCCCUGAAAAACAGAACCAUCCGAGGGGUGUCUUGUCCACAAAAUGCAUAUCAAUAUCAAGGACGGUGCUGCAUCAAAUGCCCUGCUGGAGAACAUGUGAAAAAUAACUGUUUAUCAGAUAUGACAGCAAGUAUCUGUGAGCCUUGCACUCCUGGAGUAGACUACACAAGCUACGAGAAUGGCCUGGAGCAAUGCCGACCCUGCACAACCUGCAGAUCAAUUGAUCAAGAAGAAGUGUCUCAAUGUACUGUCAAGCAGAACAGAAUAUGCCAGUGUCGAAAAGGCUCCUUCUUCUGCAACAUUAACCAUCCUUGUGAAGUGUGUAAACGCUGCAAAAAAUGUAAAGAAGGCGAGAUUGAAACUGCACGGUGCAAUGCAACCGCAGACACUGAUUGUGGCAGUCCUGUUACUAAAAAGCCUAACGAGAAUAACGGUAAUACAGACAAAGGUUCUUCACAUGGAAUAUAUCUGGUCAUUUUGUUACCAGUUAUCGUGAUAGUUGUAAUACCUCUGGCGAUUUAUUUCUGGAAGAAGAAAAAUCAGCAGCAAAGUACUAGAAAUACUGAAGAUGACCCUGAAUCCGCAAGCAAGAUGUUACAUCAGGAUAAUGAAAGUAAAGAAAAUCAAGAAGAGAGGCAGAAUAAUACAAACAACAGUUUUAUGCUGAGGAAAACACAAACAGAAAAUGAAGAUGAAGAUAAAGGCAUAGGAGGAAGCAUUGGCACAGCACAUUCAUCACAAAACAGCCUUCCCUCAGUGUGCAACAUUCCACUUCAGAACAACUCGGAGUCCUCUACAGGGAAUGAAUCCUCGGCAGAAAACUUCAAAGAGGAGAUCCCAGAUCUUAUUCCUAAUCAGGAGAAAGCUCUUGAAAAAAGUCUAGACUACUUCAGCUCUGUUUUAGUUCGGGAGCGGCCCAAGUUCCUAAGGAGCAUUGGACUGGAUGAUAAUGAAAUACAGAAAGCACAUUACCGGCACCCAAAAAGCACAGAUGAGGAGCUUCACUCUGCCUUGCUGAUGUGGUUAGAAAAGAAUGGAGCCAAAUCUGAUAUAAACACUCUGCUGAGGGCAUUGUAUGAACUGAACCAGAAGCUUACAGCUGAAACUAUAACCAGUACCCUUAUAGAAAAAAAAUUAUACAAAAAAGUAAAUGGCUAGCAUGGACUUUUAUGGUGACAAAUGGAAAGUGUUUUUUGAACUUGUGAGAAUCCGAUUUCUACUAAUGAAGAAAGGAUUUAAGAGAGAGACAAAAACGUACCAAGAUUUGACUCACAUUAAACACCAGGCCAGGUGGUCUGCUGCUAUGGUGGGUUCUGUUGCAGAAAUUUUGGUAGCUUGCAGUGCACUGCUAGGUCAGUCUCAGUAAUGGCACAAUAUUAACAUGUAGUGUUUGCAUAGCCAGUAUGGGGUGACCAAAAAUGGAAGCACCUCAUUGAAACAAAUGUACAUGAGGAGUUAUAGUAGUUGAUGGUGUUCAGUCAUCUAGAAUCACUGAAACAUAUUUAAUAGCAGUGGUACAAAACUCUGCUGCUGUAAAAAUUACCUUUUGCCAGCCCAAGGCUGAUUAACUUUAUGAAACUGAUGGAUUCCUAUGAGCUAUAUGAUUCCUAAGGUAAUCUUCCAUAGGAAAAUUUUUUUUACUGAUAUCAGAUUUCAGGGAAGUUUGUGUUUUUGUUAAAUAUAUAUCUCAGUUGCUUCUGAUGAAGAAUUUUAACUAUCAGAACAAAAUGAAUAUGAAAAUGUUUUAAUUUUUUUAAUUUUUAAGGGAUUCUUUUUGAGGUUGAAAUAUUUUUUUACACAAUACUGAUUAACAAUUGGAUUAAUGUGAACUUUUCUAUAUAAAGUCAGCCUCAAUAAUGUCCAUGGAUAUGAAGAGGAGGAAAACCAAUUGCAAAUGAACAAUUAUGAGCAACUUUCAGAAUCUUUUUUUGAAGAAUUAUUGUUUGUUUCUCUCACAUUUCAUGGGAAAACCUAUGGGAAAAACUGGAUAGUUUUUCAAUGCAAUUAAGUCGUAGUUUUUUUUAGGAAUUAAUAACAUGUUUGAGUCAGACAUUUUCCCAUUUUAAGGGUCUGGUACCUGUGCUCAAUGAGACUCUCGGCUUUUUUCGAUUGUUAUGGUAUUUUUAAACAAUUUCUCUGAGCAUUUUGAUAAUUUAUUUUGAAUACAAAUUCUUAUUUAAGAAAUUGUUAACUUUUAACUUAAUAUUAAAACAUACAAGGAAAAAAUGUGAAUUCAAGUGUGAGGAAACAGCAAACCCCGAAGUGACUGCACUGUGUACAGUCUUUCUUGCACCCAGAAGAUACACGUGCAGAGUUAAGUUGAAGGAAUUGUGUGAAAAAAAAAUCCUUGAAUGUUUAAGUUCACAUUUUACUGAUUUUACAGGGCUAUGUUGGCCAAUAAAUGUGAACAAACUGAAUUUUGUACAGUUACAUUACAUGUAUAUAUUGAAUAUUUUAAUUAAAAAAUGUAUAAAUUCCA